AGCGGUCGGUUUCGUUCGCGUCUCCACCGCCUGUACACUACACUAGGAGUUCGCAGUCGCACGUCGGCGUCGGUCGUACAGUCGCACGACGCACCGCACAAGCACAGUACCCGCGUGCAACCGGUGGCGAUAACACGUAUACCACAUGCCCGCCGCUCCCGACAACCAACUCAACCAACAAGGUGGAACGCCUUUUUGGCGUUUAACUAUCAAACUGCCUAAUUUCGCAACUGCAGUAAGAAUGGUGAACCGUUGCGAGCGUCGCGCGGUGGCGUGCGUGCUGCUAGCCGUGACUGCGGUAGUGGCCGCUGCCUCCUACGACCGCGAGCGCCUCGACAUCGCCAAGCAGAUACUGGAGGAGGUACCGCUCACCGACGGCCAUAACGAUCUGCCGUGGAAUAUUCGCAAGUUUCUACGUAACCAGAUCAACGAAUUCGAACUUGAUACCGACCUCACCGUCGUCGAGCCGUGGUCCAUCUCUAAAUACUCGCACACUGAUCUUCCCAGACUGAGGAGAGGCAUGGUCGGAGCUCAAUUUUGGUCUGCGUUCGUUCCAUGCGCCACUCAGAACAAGGAUGCCGUGCAACUGACGCUCGAGCAGAUUGACGUCAUCAAACGACUGGUUGAAAAGUAUCCGAUGCAAAUGCAAUUGGCCACUUCCGUCACGGACAUACUGCAAGCUCAUAGCGCCCGACCGCGGAAGAUCGCUUCAUUGAUCGGUAUCGAAGGCGGGCACUCGAUCGCCAACUCUCUGGGAGUCCUGCGCAGCUACUACCAACUUGGCGUGCGUUACAUGACUCUGACACACACAUGCAACACUCCAUGGGCCGAUUCGUCCAAUGAAACCCCAGUGGUCGAGGGACUCACGGAGUUUGGAGAGAAAGUGGUGAAAGAAAUGAAUAGGCUCGGUAUGUUGGUGGAUCUGUCUCACGUCGGUGAGAACACGACGCGUGCUGCCAUCCGGCUGUCAAAGGCGCCGGUCAUAUUCAGCCACUCUUCAGUAUACAACCUUUGUGCUCACAAGCGAAAUGUUCCCGAUGACAUCAUACAAUCUUUGAAAGAAAACGGCGGCAUCAUAAUGGUGAACUUCUUUCCCGAUUUCGUGAAAUGCGCACCCAACGCCACUAUCUCUGACGUCGCUGAACAUUUCCACUACAUCAAGAAGCUGGUUGGCGCAGACUUUGUUGGCAUUGGUGGCGACUUCGAUGGUGUCAAUCGCGUACCCCGCGGCCUGGAAGACGUCUCUAAGUAUCCGGAGCUGUUCGCGGAGCUGCUGCGUAGCGGCCAGUGGAGCGUGCAGGAGUUGAAGAACCUCGCCGGACUCAACAUGCUGCGCGUCAUGCGACAAGUCGAGAAGGUACGUGACGAGAUGCGUACCAACGGCGUGGAGCCCGAGGAGCACCCUGACUCGCCCACCGACAACGGCAACUGCACGAGCAACGCCUUCAACAGCGACUACUACUAGACAGCACAUCUAACUAACAGCAACCCUCAUAGGACUAAUGCGGCAUAAUAAAAUAUACCCACACAUAUAUUGUCGUAGUAAAUUUAUUUAAUUUGGUAAAAAUCGAUGCGACUCGUUGCGUUCGUUUCGUGCACACGUACGUUGUGAUUGUAAUAUGAUUUUCAUAAUGAAGUUCACAGAAACUUGGAGUUCCGAAUUCUAAAUAAGCGUAUUAAAUCGGAUUUCAAAGCGUUAAAUAUUGCAAACCCAUUAUAGAUAAUUACGUACGUGUGCAUUUGUAAAAGGUAGUGGAUUUUGUUCGUGAGCCGAUUAUUUUAGAUGUUGUUAGGUAAACGUAUAUUUAGUGAAAAGUCAUAUGAAACCGGAUAAUUCCUGGUAUUAUAUCUAGUAGCCUACUUAUUAUACCUUAACAGAUACAUAGUGAAAUAGGUCCUUUAGUCAAAUGGCAAAAUGAAUCGUAUUCCCUUCGAUUUAGGAUCGAAUGUUGUUUGUAGUCAGUGUUGUAGUUGGAAUCUAGAUGCUCUGUACGGACUCGGCACUCUACACGCGCUUGUACGACACUUCUAGUACUCGUAUCUAUUUCUGUGUACUGUUAGAUGUGUCCCUCUAUGGUAACUAACUUAUUCAAUAUACAAUUCUAGCAAUUUUAAGGAAGACAUAUUUUUCGACUAUCUUCUUAUUCGAAGCCUUAUCUUCUUAUUUUGAAUUCUUUUUCUUAAAUAUUCAUCUUAAACGAUGAACCUAUUGUGGUCGACGCCCGACGCCGCAAAGUGCUAAAGCAUCAAGUUUAUAGGCAAUUUUACAAUAACAUUUACUGUAAUUUUAUCUUAUUUUUUAAGUUAGUAUCUUAGUUAGAUAAAUUUGGCGAAUUAAAAGUACGUUUUAUUCGAACAAGUAACUAUUUUUUCGAAACUUAAUUCGUAUUUGGUUUCUUGAACAAUUAACCAUUUUUUGUUUAUUUCUUAGUAAAAAAGAAAUAAUUAAAAAAGAACGGUGACAAUUUAGUUUCUCGAUAGUGUCUUGCGACCAUCAUAAGCCAUUAUGACCUGUAAAGUGGUGUAGUAAAUCAUUAUCGUAUCUUAAUUAUCAAGAAAUGAACAUGGACUAAUAAGACAUUUUUAACUUUUUUAGAAUAUUAUUCCACAUUGGUAUAAAACACCAAAACCCUAGUUAGAAUUUUCAAGAAAUGUCCUAAAAUUUAACCGUGUAUUCACUUGUAUUAACACUGACCGCAACAAGCGGCAGUAAAUGUGAUCGAAAUGAAUGCUUAAGUAAGCAUAAAACUAACUUAUUUAAAGGGAAAGUAAAACCUUUCUUGUCAUAUUUUUUUUUAUUCCAAAAACAACUUUGUGUUUAAAAAUGUGUCAUCUUCGAACAAUAAAAAUGUGUGUUAUCGCAGCUAAAAAAUUAUUAUUAUUAACAACAGGAAUAUAAAUAUUCGACAUUAGGAAAUUGUAAGCUAUAAGUAUAUGUGUAACUUGUAGGUGAAGCACAUCGCACGAAUCAAUUCAAUGUUUAAAUUUUAUCUAAGAACUCUUUUACACGUGUCUAGUUUUAUUAUGAACUCUGUUCUAAGAAUUAACGUUCAAAUAUUUCGUUGUUUCGUCAUAAUUCUUUUGAAAAUAGCGUCAGUGUGCCGUAUGCAGUAUGGCCUCCCGAAACCUUUUAAGUUGACAAAUUCGAAUGAAUAAUUUAAAUACUGAAUAAUCUCCAUAUAAUUCGGUUAAGACGUAAUUCCAAAGUAAAUAAUUAAAUUUGAUCAGCACACAUGUCGCAGGAAACUUUAAUUAAUUUGAAUGGGCAAAAAUCGAUCUCAUUAUUGAGAUUUAAACGUAACAUGGUUACAUUUAUUUAGAAAAAUGGCUUGUUGUUAGGCGUAACGACUGAAAAUUUUUGAACCUUUAUUAUCUAGCAAUGACUAUUUCGUCUAAGAUCUGGCUGUUAUUUUGUGAUUAGUUUUGAAUAAAUUUUUGUAUGUAUACAUAUAUAUAAAUACCCUCUUCGUUUACAAGCGCACAUCGUAGUUUUAACUAAGAUUAUAUUUCAUUGUUAAGAUUUACUUAGUAACUUACUGAUUUCUUAUUAUCAAUCGAUUUAAAAAGUAUUGUCUUUGUAAGAAUAUUUUACCUUUUUGUAUAAUUCUUCUGUUGUAUCGGUAAUCGCUUUAUUUUCUAGUUGCAAUACUUAAGUUAAAGCUAUGUGCGCUUGUAAGUUGCAUGGCAUGUUGUAUGACGGUAAGGUAUUUAAAUCCUACUGCCAAAACUACCGCCCUCUUCGAUGCCUCGAUGGUAUCAUUCGGUAGCGAACAACACGCCUUACAACAAUUUUCUGAAGUGUUUUAUAUUUCAUACACGAUUUGAGACUAAAUAAACACGAUUGAUGUAUACUCAUA